CACGAAGUGAGUAAACACACAAAAACCACCCACGAAAAGUGUAGAGACCUCCUAUCGCCGGUCAUCGUAAUUGAACAGACCUAAAACCUCGCCGCCCGAAGCAGCACCAACAUAAAUCCCCCACCACAACAUCACAGCAACCUCCCGCGAUAAGCCAAGCAACAGCAAUGGGCAAGCAAGUCAACCUCUACUCCUUCCCCAGCGUCGAUACGCUCGCGACCGCCCUCCGCUCCUACCUAAUCUCGUGCCAGGAGGCCGGCCUCGAGCGGCACGGCGUCUUCAAGGUCGGCGUCUCAGGUGGCUCGCUGCCCAAGACGCUCGCGCAAGCGCUGCUGGCCCCGGCCAAGGACGAGUCGGACAAGGUCAAGUGGGAGAGUUGGGAAAUCUUCUUCGCGGACGAGCGCGCGGUCCCUCUCAACCACGAGGACUCCAACUACGCGCUACUCAAGAAGGAGCUGCUCGACAAGCUCCCCCAGGGCACCCCGCAACCGACGGUACACACCAUCGAUGAAUCCGUCCUCGACGACACGCAGGAGCUGGCGGAUCGGUACGAGCAGACGCUCGUCCGCUCUUUUGCUUCGCGCGACUCGGUCAAGCUGCCCAUCUUCGAUUUGUUGUUGCUGGGCUGCGGGCCCGAUGGACACACCUGCUCCCUCUUCCCCGGACACGAGCUGCUGCGCGAGACCGAGGCCUGGGUCAGCCCCAUCGAGGACUCGCCCAAGCCGCCCCCGCGCCGCAUCACCCUCACCCUCCCCGUUGUGACGCACGCGGUGCGCGUUGCGUUCGUGGCGACGGGCAGCGGCAAGAAGGAGAUCAUGAAGGACAUCUUUGAGGAGGGCAAGGGGUUGCCGUGCGCCCUCGUGAACGAGGCGACGGGUGAGAGGUGCAGUUGGUUCGUGGAUAACGCCGCUGUUGAGGGAGUCAGCUACCCCAAGAGGCCGUUUAGCCUAUAGAACAUGACGUGAUGUCUUGAUUUUUUUCUUUUUUUUUUCUUUGCGGGUUGGAAGGAAG